UUGUGGGUGCUGUCAUGGCGGCCACCUGCUGGUGAUAGAAAAACGUUUCAGAGUGUGUCUCCUGGAAGCUGCUGCAGGUGGUGUUGGGUGGUGUUAUUUUCUUUAAUAGUUUGCCAGCUGCGGUAUCAGUUGGAGUCACCGGCAACAUGGCGUCCACAGCGGCGGGAAAGCAGCGCAUACCGAAGGUGGCGAAGGUGAAGAAUAAAGCUCCUGCAGAGGUUCAGAUCACUGCUGAGCAGCUGCUCAGAGAGGCCAAAGAGAGGGAGCUCGAGCUUCUGCCUCCUCCGCCCAAACAGAAGAUCACUGAUAAAGAGGAGCUCAAUGACUACAAGCUGAAGAAGAGGAAGGGCUUUGAAGACAACAUCAGAAAGAACCGGACCGUCAUCAGUAACUGGAUUAAAUACGCACAAUGGGAGGAAAGCCUGAAGGAGAUCCAGAGAGCUCGGUCCAUCUACGAGCGAGCGCUGGACGUCGAUCACAGAAACAUCACUCUGUGGCUGAAGUACGCAGAGAUGGAGAUGAAGAGCCGCCAGGUGAACCACGCCCGCAACAUCUGGGACAGAGCCAUCACCAUCCUGCCCCGGGUCAACCAGUUCUGGUACAAAUACACCUACAUGGAGGAGAUGCUGGGCAACGUGGCCGGCUGCAGGCAGGUGUUCGAGCGCUGGAUGGAGUGGGAGCCGGAGGAACAGGCCUGGCACUCCUACAUCAACUUUGAGCUGCGCUAUAAGGAAGUGGACAAAGCCCGGAGCAUCUAUGAGCGAUUCGUCAUGGUCCACCCCGAGGUGAAGAACUGGAUCAAGUACGCUCGCUUCGAGGAGAGGCAUGGCUACGUGGCGCACAGCAGGAAGGUGUACGAGCGAGCCGUGGAGUUCUUCGGGGAGGAAUACGUGGACGAGAAUCUGUUUGUGGCCUUCGCCAGGUUCGAGGAGACCCAGAAGGAGUUUGAGCGGGUCCGAGUCAUCUACAAGUACGCCCUGGACAGGAUCCCCAAGCAUCAGGCGCAGGAGCUCUUCAAGAACUACACCAUGUUUGAGAAGAAGUUCGGAGACCGCAGAGGAAUCGAGGACGUCAUCGUCAGCAAGAGAAGGUUCCAGUACGAAGAGGAGGUCAAGGCAAACCCACACAACUACGACGCCUGGUUCGACUACCUGCGCCUGGUGGAGAGCGACACGGACGCCGACACGGUGAGAGAGAUCUACGAGAGAGCCAUCGCCAACGUGCCGCCCAUCCAGGAGAAGAGACACUGGAGGCGCUACGUCUACCUGUGGAUCAACUACGCCCUGUACGAGGAGCUGGAGACCAAGGACCCUGAGAGGACGAGGCAGGUCUACCAGGCGUGUCUGGAGCUCAUCCCUCAUAAAAAGUUCACCUUCGCAAAGAUUUGGCUGCUCUUUGCCCAGUUUGAGAUCCGACAGAAGAACCUGCCAGGAGCCAGAAAGAUCAUGGGCACGGCCAUCGGGAAAUGUCCCAAGAACAAGCUGCUGAAGGGCUACAUCGAGCUGGAGCUGCAACUGCGAGAGUUCGACCGCUGCAGGAAGCUGUAUGAGAAGUACCUGGAGUUCAGCCCAGAGAACUGCACCACCUGGAUCAAGUUCGCCGAGCUGGAGACCAUCCUGGGUGACGUGGAGCGAGCCCGCGCCAUCUUUGAGCUCGCCAUCAGCCAGCCCAGACUGGACAUGCCUGAGGUUCUCUGGAAAUCCUACAUCGACUUUGAGAUCGAGCAGGAGCAGUUUGAGAACACGAGGAGCCUCUACAAGAGGCUGCUGCAGCGCACGCAGCACGUCAAGGUCUGGAUCAGUUACGCCAAGUUCGAGCUGUCGGUGGACGAACCCGACCGGCUGCAGCGCAGCCGCCAGACCUACGAAGACGCCAACAAGAGCAUGAGGAGCUGCGAGGAGAAGGAAGAGCGACUGAUGCUGCUCGAGUCCUGGAGGGACUUUGAGAGGGAGUUUGGCUCCGACGGCACCAGGGAGCGAGUCCGGAAGCUGCUGCCGGAGAAGGUGAAGAAGAGGAGGAAGCUGACAGCCGAGGACGGGUCGGACGCCGGCUGGGAGGAAUACUACGACUACAUCUUCCCUGAGGACGCCGCCAACCAGCCCAACCUCAAGCUGCUCGCCAUGGCCAAGAUGUGGAAGAGGCAGCAGGCCAAGGACGACGAAGAGGAGGAGGAGGAGGAAGAAGAGGAGGAGGAGCGUCCUGCAAACCCUCCAGAGGAGGAAGAGCAGGAGGAAGAGCGCUCUGAGGACCCGGCAGCAGCUCCUGACAAACCGCCGGAGGGCGAGGCCCAGAUGGAGAAAACGUACGACGACCGAGACGACAGCAGCAGCAGCGAGAGUGAGGAAGAGGAUGGAGGGAAGAAACGGGGCAGUGAGGAAGACAAAGAGUAGAUGUUUCUGUAUCAGACACG